AUGCCACGAAGAUUUGCCUUUGCACGCUCAGCAACCCUGUGCGUUUUCAUACUGUUGUCUCUCCUCACGGAGGCAUUCCCUGAGUAUGUAGGUGGGAAGAUUGGACAAACACCACCCAGUGAUUUCCCUCCAGGAAACGUUAGGUUCGGCAUAGACGAUGCGGCAAUCGCCCCGGUGGUGCCCCUAAUCCUCAAAACACUGAAGAGCUUCAUUGGAAGUGUCACAGUCCCUGAGCAAAGGUUACACGGAGUGAGUUUGGAAACGAUGCAAGUGCAAGACAUAAACAUUGGAAAUAUGUCGCUACACAUGAAUAGUACGAACAGGGUUGAUGUAUCGGUAUGGAACAUGACGGCUAAUGUCCCAGAAACCAACUUCAGCUACAAUCUGGUGUUUGUGUCGUGCAGUGGAACGGCGAAAACCGAUGUUCGCAAUGCCAACGUGUCGUUUGCAAUGCGUUUGUCCAUCGGAGUGGGUGGCAUCCUCGAUGUAUCGGUGGAGGACAUGGCAAUCCAACUUUUAGACCUGGUCAUUACACCUUCACUGAAUGGUUGGUGCAAGUCUAUGGAUUUUGUUGUUGGGACCCUUAUGAAUAUUUUUAAGCGAAGCAUAGCGGAUUAUCUGCAGCAGUAUGUGCCGGCUAUGGUCCAGCCGAUCGUAAGAGCAAAGACGGUGGACAUACUUCAGAAACUUCCCAUCUCAUUUGUGAGCCCUCCAAACAUCACGGACGGACGGAUGGAACUUACGCUGGCCAUUCACUCUGAAAUACCAAUAAACCGAACGACAAAGGCGGGGAUGUUUACCGAAAUUGGGGGCCCGCUCCCCGAGCGGGACAUUUCCAUGAUCUGCUCCUUUGCAGCUGCAAAUAAUGUACUGCGCCUUCUUCAUUUAUUCGGUAACCAGAGUCUUCUGAAUAUGACAAUUCCCAUUCCAGGAAUAUACAAUUCCUCUCUCGCGGAGUCGAUAUACCCCGAUGUGGUCGAACUUUGUCCCAACUGUCCUUUAAAGUUUGUCACUGGAUGGACAGCAGCGCCGUGGCUUGAGCCCGUAAGCGACAAAGCGUUUAUCACAAAUGCCCAAGGCCCUACCCUUUCCAUGGAUAUGGUAAUGGAUGACAACACGUCGGUAACUGUGCUUGGUGCUCAUCUAAACGCGACCGCCAACGUGACUCAUCUUUCCACCGACAACAGUGGCCGUAUCACCAUAAAGUUGGCCUCCGUGAAUGCUGCGGUGGCACUAUAUGCUCCGUUGGGGCGAAAAAUAAAUUCAACAUCACUCAAUACAGAUGUUCAGGUCUUAUUGAAUGAGAUCGUGGUGCCGCUUGUUAAUGCGCAAACGGGAGGAUUCGCACUUCCGUUCGAUGUAACAGAUCUUUUGCUGAAGGUGUCAAAUGCCACCAUCAGUGUGGGACUUAAUGCGAUGGAAGCAUAUCCGCUUAUCGGCUCAUGCAUUGAUCGUAUAUGGUGA